AUGACGGGCGUUAACGAACAAAGUAGGGCAGACGAAGAUGGCACGGAUCAGAUUGGCUACGAUACACCGCGCUCGGGUGUUGCGACGCCCCAGCCCGAUCUGACCGACAAACGACUCCCGGGCAUCAUGAGCUUCUUUGGCCAGGUUGGUUCCACCUCUCUGAAUUCAUUGUUUCGCUCUUUCCCCUCCACCCGAGCACCAGAAACUGAGUUAUCAUGUCCUACGCCACCCCAGGAAGAGAAGGAAGCCGACACACUCCCUCAACAGCUGCCCGGCCCAGAUGCGGUCAGUCUGAGCAAGGACUCUACAACCGAGGGAUUACCUCUCCUACCACAUGAGAGGAUAACCCCUCCAACAGAAGCGGAGCCUUCGCAACAUACGACUCCCCAGCUGAACCCUUAUCCAACACCACCAUGCUCCCAUCCGCCUUCAGAACGAGGACUGAAGUUGAGUGAUGCGAGCGGUGAUGGUGUUGAGCCCGCAGCCGGCGACGUUGUUGGCUCUGUACCGUCAUCCAAACAUAGAAAGAGCAUUUCGGAUCUUGCACAAAUGAAGUCCCGCAGGGCUAGCGUGGCGUCCCCUCUCUCCAGCAUAGUCACUGCUUCUAGCGUUCUUGCGAGUCAUCUCUCAAAUCCCACGGGCCGCACCGCAUCAACCACCCCUAGUUCUCCCUCCGGCACUCAUUCCCCUUCUGGGGAUGUUUUCUCCAAGUCCGCUUCAAUUGAUCGGCUUAAGAAGCUAACACAUGUUGGAACGCAAAAGAGUGGCCCGCCAACGCCCACCCGAGCAUUGUCCGCUGGCCAACCAUCCCAAGUUGAACCGAAAUCAUCUACGGCAUCAGUUUCCUCCCCUUCGAAGAACGGCGACACAUUCGAGGGUACAAGCGGGAGGCAGAUCCCAGUCGCUUCCCAAACCGGGGGUGCCCAAGCUCCUGUGCAGAGGGGAAAGUUAACCAUCAAAAUUCUAGAGGCACGGGGGCUUCGAAAGAGCCGGGACCCUUACUGUGUCGCAGUAUUCCAAAGGAGCGAAUUAAUCUCACCUGGACCGAGAACAUUUGAGGACGAUGACGAGUUGAACCUGCCGCCGGUACCCAUGGGUGGAAUACCUAUUCAACGACAAGGCAGUGAUGCGGGGCGGCCCAUGGCGAUUCCAAUGAGAAGCCGCCAGAGUAGCAAUACCAGCAUUACCGAUUACACCACAUUUCGCAACCGUACGCGAAAGUCUUUUACCAGCCCCAAGUGGGAUGCUGAGGCUGUAUUCGAUGUUGUGGAUUCGGAUAUGCUGGUUGACAUUUCGGUCUACGAUCACGGCGCCAACGGUGAAUUCCUAGGUCAUGUUGACUUCCAAGCUAUUAUACCCGGCAAAGACGAUCCAGUGCGUGGGUGGUAUCCGCUCCAGGGCCAUGCCGAUACCAUGGCGGAGAAUGCCCCGACCGGCGAAAUAUACGUUGAAGCCAUUUACCAAAGAACCGAGAAGAGGCAUUACGGGCCGGACGAUUUCCAGAUCUUGAGGCUCAUUGGCAAAGGCACCUUUGGUCAAGUCUACCAAGUUCGAAAGAAGGAUACGGGGCGGAUAUAUGCCAUGAAGGUGUUGUCCAAGAAGGUCAUUGUGCAGAAGAAAGAGGUGGCACACACCGUGGGGGAGCGGAACAUAUUGGUCCGGACGGCAAUGUCGGAAUCUCCAUUCAUUGUCGGUCUGAAGUUUUCAUUCCAAACCCAGAACGAUCUCUUCUUGGUCACCGACUACAUGUCUGGUGGAGAACUUUUCUGGCAUUUACAAAAGGAGGGACGCUUUGACGAGAAGCGGGCAAAGUUCUACAUUGCGGAACUCAUCCUUGCCAUACAACACUUACAUCAUAACGACAUCGUCUAUCGGGACUUGAAGCCGGAGAAUAUAUUACUGGACGCGAAUGGUCACAUUGCGCUCUGCGAUUUUGGGCUGUCCAAGGCCAACCUCACCAAGAACGAUACGACAAACACAUUCUGUGGAACAACCGAAUAUCUUGCUCCAGAAGUUCUCCUCGACGAGGCAGGUUACACCAAAAUGGUCGAUUUCUGGUCACUUGGCGUGCUCGUUUUCGAGAUGUGUUGUGGUUGGAGCCCCUUUUAUGCGGAGGAUACCCAGCAGAUGUACAAGAACAUCGCAUUUGGCAAGGUCCGGUUUCCUCGAGACACCCUUUCCCAGGAAGGUCGAAAUUUCGUGAAAGGGCUGCUCAACCGAAACCCGAAGCACCGUCUGGGCGCGGUCGAUGAUGCCGAGGAACUGAAACGCCACCCAUUCUUUGCCGAUAUCGACUGGGACAUCCUCACCAAGAAGUUGAUAACCCCGCCGUUUAAGCCCAAGUUGAAGUCGGAGACGGAUGUGUCGUAUUUUGACCCGGAAUUCACCAAUGCCCUGAACACCAACGGGUCAUUAAACAAGCGGGCUCAGCAGCUGGCCACUGGCUUUACUACAUCAACACCGCUCUCGCCCACCACUCAAGCGAAUUUCCAAGGUUUUACCUUUGUGGAUGAAAGUUCGCUUGAUGAUCACAUGCGAGGGCGAUAUGACGACGAAGAAAUGGAUGAUCGUCGGGACAAUGACUGGGACGACCUCGACGACCUUGAUCUUCGCAAAGCAAAUCGCAUGAGCGGCGUUGUACGAACAGGGCAAGAUGAACCGUUUGGCGAGUCUCAGUUCGACAUGUGA